AUGUUUAAAAGAGUAUUUGGAUUGUUCACUUCAUCAACUAGAGAUUUAUCAGAUACUACUAAUGAUGAUGACGUUGAAAAGACGGAAAGAAAACAACAACAACAACAACAACAACAACAAAAGCAAAGACAACUUCAAAGACAUUCUCGAAUUCGACCUAAAACUGAUUCCCAUCUUAAUCAUGCCAAAAUAAAAGCUCAAGCUCAAGCUCAAGCUCAAGUCAAAGUCAAGACCACAACUAAAACUAAAUUAAGAUCUAAAACUACUGAUCGCAAUUCAUCAAUUAAUAAUGCGUUGAUUUCACUGAUACCACUGCCACAACUACUGAAACUGGGAUAUCGACUGUCACUGACAGUUGUAACAGACUCUUAUCAACAACAAACUUUAAAUGAUACUUUAAUUGAUGAUUCUAUUGAUAAUAAUGAUAUAUCGAAUUCUAAUUCAAGAAAUUUCCCUCCUUCUUCACCUACAAAACAAGCUAUGGUUCAACAUAAAGCACAAACGCGUGAUCACAACAUUAAUACCCAUAAAUUGGAUCAAUAUCAACAAGUAGAUUUACAACCAAUUGAUCCACUACGACAACAACAACAACAACUGAAUGAUAAAAUAGUAGUGCCACCAGUCCCAUCGUCGUCACCAUUACCACCAUCGUCACCAAUAGGCAAUAAAAAACGACCUCAUGAUCAAAAGCAUAGUCCAAAUACUUGGAAAUUCCAUGGUGGUAAUAUCCCAAAACGAAGAAAAUUGACACGAGCUGCAUUAGCAACUACAGGAAAUAUUCAUACGAAUAGUGGCAAUAACUUUAAUGAUCAAUUAACUUCAUCAAAAUCAUCAAUGAAUCUGCCAUUGAAAAAAUACAACACUAUCGCCACCACCACCACCACCACCAACAACAACAACAAUAACGGUGUCAAACAAAUUAAAGGAGUAAAUCAAUUACAAUUACAACAAAAUAAUUAUAAAUUGAAUCCUUCCAAAUCAGCCCCUAUUAUUAUUACUACUACUACUACUACUCAUAAUCAUCAUAAUUUAAGUGAAGAUAUUGAUCAUUAUGGUCAUUCUCGAUUGAAAAAUCUUAGAAAACCAUCAAUUCCAUCAAUGGCAACUCCAUUGAUCCCAUCGUCGUCAUCCGGAUCGGGAUCUGGGUCAGGAAUAACAACUCAUCAAGUAUCAAAACCCCAACAACAGAAACAAAUUAACGAAAUUCAAGAUCAAGCUAAUGAUCAUGAUACCAGUGUUGAUAUUGUUCCUGAAACUAUUGAUAAUAAUAAUAAUAAUAAUAAUAAUGAUGAUGAUGAUUUUAUAAAUGAUGAAUUUGAUUAUGAUCCAAUUGAUUCAGUAGAACCAGAAAUAAAUUCGUCAAAAGAAGAGGAAGUCAAAGAACAAGAUGUCGAUAAUGAAGUUGUAAAGAAAAAAGUAUUGUCAAAAAAGGUUGUUGAUUCUGAUGCAGAAAAUAACGAUGAUGAUCAUGAUGAUACUACUGUAAUCAUACAAGCUAAUGAAGAUUUGAAAUCUAAGAAACAUCGACAAGUAAAAAAAACACCUAGAAAGAAGGAAGUAUUGAUGAUUCUAUCACCAAGAGAUAAACGGAUGCAACAACGACAACAACGGCAAGAACAACAGAAACAAAAACUACAACAGAAACAGAAACUACUUCAGGAAAGUGUAUCACCACAAAUUCAGUCUGUUGAUGAUCAACUUUUGGAAGAGCCAAGCGAACUUAGGGUGAACAGAUCUCAAGAAGAACAAGUUCUGGAAAGUCCAUUGCCACCGUCGCCAUCGCCACCGCCACAACCUACACCAUCACCAUCACUUCCAUCACCUCCAUCACCUCCACCACCUCCACCACCACGAACAUCAACACAAUCUGUGAAGAAACGAAUUUCCAAAAAACCUCAAAAACAAUAUUUUCAAAGUUGGAAAGAAGAGGCAGCUUUAUUAAAACAAAAAUUAGCUAAUGAUCCAACAUUUCGUUUUUCAAAAGAUAAAUCUCAACAACAACAAAAUAAAGAUAAAGAUAAAGACAAUAAUGGUGAUACUAAUGGUGGUGAUAAUGAUAACGAUAAUGAUAUAAUAAUUGAGAAAAUAAUUCAAUUACGUGGAUCUUCAAUUUUUCCUCAAAAACAAGAACCAAAAAUUAAAAAACCAUUUGAACAUAUUGAUUAUAGUAAAACUAAAAAUAAAAUCCCUCCAACUUCAAAACAUUAUACUAUGGAUGAUUUUUUUAAACCUAAAUCUGAGAAUAAAUCUGAUAAUAAUCAAUCAAGAAAAAGAAAAAGACAACGACGGGAUAAUCAAUGUACUUUGAAUUUGACAAAUAAUGGAAGAUUAACUCGACAGGUUGAAUCGGAACCACAGCCGCCACAGCCAGAACCUGAACCUGAACCCCAAGUAGAAUUAGUAUCACAACUAGUGCCAAAACCACAAGCAGAAGCAGGGUCAGAACUACAACCAGAAUUAGAAUCAGAACCACAGACAGAAGCAGGACCAAAAUUGCAAGUAGAAUCUGAACUUGAACUGGAACUGGAAUUGGAACCAGAACAACAACCACAACCAGAACCACAACCAGAACCACAACCAGAACCACAACCAGAACCACAACCAGAACCACAACCAGAACCACAACCAGACUCAGUUUCACAAUCAGAAUCCGUGUCAGAACUACAACCAGAAUCUGAACCUGAAAUACGAACUGAUUCUGAACCGGAACCACAAUCCCAACCACAAUCACAAUCACAGGAAAGCUCAGUACACAAGAAACUGACUGAUGAAACUGAACAAAAAGAAUCAAAUCAAUUACUUACACGAAAAUCAGAUAUACUAAACGAUUUAGUUCUGAAUAGCUCGGAAGAAGCAAUUGAUUCAGUUUCUCCAAAUCAUUCUCAAAGGAAACGCAGAUUGUCAUCAUUGUUUCCCUCUUCUUCACCUUCACCUUCACCUUCAUUGCCACAAUUCGAUGAUGGUGAUAAUUUCCAAUGUGAUACAAUUGAUGUCACUGAAUCGCCAGAUUAUUCUACAGUGGUAAGACAUGCACUUGAUAUAAAAACUCUGUUAAUUGAAAAAGAUGUGUCUACACAGGUUGAUAAAACUAUUGCAAAUUCAUCUACUCAAGAUGAAAACACUACUACAACAUCUCCCACAAAACAUUUAGAAAAGACUCCAAUUAUUGAAAGUGGAACACCAGUGGUGGAAAAUCCAGUAUCAAAAAAUGAUAUUUUUUAUCCAAAGUUGAAUCGUACCAAAAGUAAGCCAAAAAGCAAGUCUCGUGGUAUUGGGAGACUUUUAGAGAUGUUUUCUAAUGAUCGAGAAAUCAUAUCUCCUAAAUUGGACAAAGAAGGUUCAACUCUUCAAAAUGAAUCCCUACAACUGGGUUAUUAUAUUUCUCAAGAUAAGCAUGGAGACGUUAGAGCAUCACCAAACAAUCACCCUCCUGAUAAUGAACAUAAUGAUAGUGAUUUUGAAUUUGAUAAUUUUGAUUGGCCACUGGAUGAUGUUGUAACGGCUAGCACAGUGGUAACUUAUUCACAAGCACAAGAGCAAAAACUGCUGCCACUGCGUAAUGCAAAUAGUCACAAUGAUGAAAUAUCUACUGAUAAUGAAAUUAAUAAAUCAAAGAAUGUGAGUAAUCUUUCUAAACGAGUAAACACUAAUGAUAUGGCUGACAGUUUAGAAAAACUUCAUCUUUCUGAAACUAAUAAUAAGAGACUUCCAGAAACUAAUACAGUUGAGGUUGAUGAAUUGACUAAAUUGAAACCUAUCAUUAAUGAAGGGAAUUCAGGUAUACACAGUCAAUCACCAACAAAACCAUUAUCCGAAUUACAUGAUCAGAUUGAUUUAACAAGAUCAGGAUCAUCUCAUAAUAUUAUUGAAGCUCAAGAACAAAAAGUGGAUAAUGAAAGACAACAAGAUCAAGAUAUUGAACCUUUCACGCAAGAAACUGAAUUAUUAAUGUUUCGUUUACCAUCAGAAUUACAAACACCAAUUUCUAGAGAUAUUUUAUUGAAAUUGACAAAACGAAAGAAUCCAAAUAACGAGAAAAGUAAUGAUAAUGGCGAUGUUGAGGUGGGUGAUGAGAUACGUGUUGUUGAUACUGUGAUUAAUCGAGCUUCUGGUGUAUCAACAUCACCUAAACGAAGUCAAACGGUUGUACCACCACCUAAACAAGGUCAAUCAAUAUCCCAAUCAGCAAAGAUUAAUAUAAGAACUCCUCAAGUAUUUACAAGAAACAAUACAACAGUUUCAAAAGGUCGAAUUAAGGUUACUAAAAAUGUCAUGAGAUUAUUGAAUAGUUCAGAUGAAGAAGAAGAUGAUGAUGAAGAAGAGGAAGAGGACGUGAAGGAGAAUGUUCAGGUUGAAAAUAAUGAUGCCAAGAACACUGAGCCAAAUAAUCAAAAUAAUAAAGAUAAAACUCCAUCUAUAGAAUCAACUUCUGAUCCGGCAAACAAUCGAAAUGAAAGUAAUCAACCUGAGAUGACUCAACAACCACCUCAAAUACAACGGCAAGAACCAGUAAGUCUUCAACCACACCAAAUGCCAGAACAGGAAGCAGUAAUUUAUCAGCCAAGUAAUCAGGAUGCAAGUAAUAAUAGACUGAUUCUACUUUCUUCUCCUGUACAGCCACAACAAAAGGUGAGUCAAACAUUGGAAUUAACAAAUAGAAACAACAUUACUUCUGAUAAAACAAAUGCUAAUGUUAGUUGGGAAGAUGAUAUUGAAGAUAGUGAUCCUGAGUUCUUUAAGGAAAUGGAUAUUAAUUACGAUUUAGUUUUAGCUUCUAAGGCCGGAAAGUCGAAAACUGAUGAAAUUGCCUUGGACAAACACACCAAUGAUGAAAUCAUUUCUUCUGUUCAAAUCGAGUCUGUCAAUGAUGAAUCAACACAAGUAACCAAUCAUCAUCCUCAUGAUGUUGUUAUUCAUCAAUCCAAAAUUAAUCUUGAAAAUCAUUUCAAUGAGAAAGUAGAGAAUAAAAAGGAAAAUGAAACUAUCACAUAUCAACAUAUUGAUCCAAAAAUGAUAAGCAAUGGUGAAGAUAUAGAUGUGUUAAUGUCAGACAUAGAAUCUGACGUUUCUAUUACAAACCAAGUAAAUCAAGUCACACUGCCAAUUCAAGAAUUGAAAGUCAAUGAAGAUGUUGCAUCUGCAAAUGACCCGGAAACGUCGAAUGAAUCAGAAAGUGGAGAUUCAGAAGAUAACAUAUAUAAUAGAUUGAAAUAUGUUGGAGGUCGGCGCUCAUUAGCUUCUGCCAAAAAAUCAAAACUGCAAGAUAAAGAAGUUGAAGAAGAUAAAGACAUUAAGGAACCCCAAACAUUUAUACAUACGAUUAAAUUAUCACCUCAGAUUCUUCUGGAUAUAAUUGAACCAACUUCUAAAACUUUUAUGCACACAAUUGAAUUACCUAGCAGAAGAAUUGUGCAUACAACUAAAUUGCCUCGUCUAAUCUUAAAGCUAAAGAAAACUUCUACCGAAACCACUAAAGAGACUAUAUCAACUCAAUUACCAGAAAAUUUAGAACUGAAUUUGGAAUCUAUGAAUUUAAAUGAAAAUGGAAAUGAACCUACAAAGAGAGCUACAACUGCUAAUAUUACAUCCUCAACCGAAGUACCUGCUGCAUUUCCGGUUUUGUCACAAAAAUCACCAACACCAGCACCUCUGCCCGUCAAUACCAUUGUAAAUAAACCAGAAGAGCAAAAUGAAGGCAUAGUAACACAAUUGGAGAAGUUUCCUACCAUGAAACCCAUUGAAGAUCUUCCGAUUAUCAAAAAGGAUACUAAUCAAUUGGAUAGAAUUAUUCCAGACAAUGCUACAAACCGUACGAGAUCUUCAUCUGUUGAACAAGUUAGAAGUCAAUUUAAUGAAAAAUUACUGCUUGAUAAAACCAACAAUGUGAAAGAUGUUAAUAAUGUUGAAACAAGUGAACCAAAUCCUAAAACGUCGGUUAAUUUUUCAAAUAAUUUAGAGUCACAAUCAAAAGGGGAUGGUGAAUCAAAAAAUGACCGUCACUUGUCUAAGCCUGGACCCGUUAUCAUUGAUUUAACUUUAGAUGAUGAAAGUAAUAAAGAAAGCAGUGAAACUAGUGACAGCAGUAAAACUAGUGAAACUAGUGCCAGUAGUGAUAGUAAUGAUAAUGGUUAUUCCAGUAACGACAGUGAGAGUAAUAACAACAGUGAGAGCAGUGAUGAUAGUGAUAGGGGUAAUAAAAAUUUCAGUGGUGAUGAAGCUGAGGAGGUCAAUAAUGAGAUUGAUAUUGAAUGCGACGACGGUAUCGAUGAUAAUGAUGAUGAUGAUGAUGAUGAGGGAAACCUUGGAGACAAUAUCGAUAGUGCCACCAUUAAUAAAGAACCUGAAUUGGAUGAAUUAAAUAUAAGUGAUGUUAUAAAACAAAAUAUUGAACUUUCAUCCGAUAUUUUAAUUUGCGGGGAUAAAGUGGCUCCAGGUGCAUUGGCUACUGCUUUUGAAAAACUUCUGAAGAAUGACAAAUUAAGAAAGAGUUUUUUAUCAAAAUUUUCACCAUCUGACGAAAAAGAUUCAAAUAAUACUAUAAAAAAAGAGGAUUUAUUGCUGCUGAAAGAAAUUACACCUAAAGCUAAUAAUUCAUUACUGAUAAUUGAUUCAAAUAAAGAUAUUUUGACACAAAUUCAAAAUCGAUAUCGUCAAAAAUAUGAAAAACUUGCAAUUAUUAAUAAAAUUGAAGAAUCUACAUUAAAAGAUAAAUUGAACAAUUCAAUUGCUUUAACUGGAGAUACGGAAAGAUUUAAAUUUCGUCAUUGGAACCAAUUACUGAUUUAUUCUGAUACUGCUGGAAGAUCAGUUAGUCCCACUUCAACAACUCGAUCUGGGGAAUCAGAUGAAUCAGAUGAUGCUGAACGUAAAAUCAGAAGAGGAAAAUUCCGUCGUUGUAAAGUCCCAAUGAGUGAUUCUGAAAGUAAUAGUAGCAGUGGUGAUAUUAUUAAUGGUGAAAGAAAUCAGAAUAUUGUAAAAUUCAAUGAAAUUGAAAAUAAUAUUGUGGCAAUCAAUGAUGAAGAAAACCCAAAUUUGACGAACCUGGAAGAUGAUAAGGUUGAGGAUGAGGAUAGCUGCUGUGAUAAUAGUAGUGAUCUGACGUUUGAAAUUGAUAAAUUUGACUUUGAUUUAACUAGUAUAUUCAAGGAAUAA